AGUCACGGUGAUCAGUUCAGAAAGCGCGGCGCGAACGAUCGAGACUCUCUUCAUAUUUUUUUUAGAUAAUAAUAAAUAAUAAUUUGAAUGAAAAAAGUGCAUGAUGUGCUGAUAAAAGAUACGCGAAGGUGAAAAAGAUACUGAAGACACAAAAACCAAAGGCAAUUUACAGCAGAUUUUCAAUACAAUUACGCCGUACUUUACCAAUAGAACGUGAAUUAUGGGAAAAACUGGAUACUGUUGCAUUCGAAAGACAUUCUGUUCGCUAAAUAUACUUGUAUUGCUAUGCGGCGCUUGUUUUUUGGGUCUCGGACUAUGGCUGAAGCUGUCGUAUGAGGGAUAUGGCUCGUUAUUGCCCGAAAAUGCCGGUUUAAGUGCAGAUUGCCUGUUGAUGACCUUCGGAGUGCUUAGCUUAGUUAUCUCAUUUUUCGGUUGUUGCGGAAGUUGGUUCCAGUCGAGAUGUCUGCUUAUUAUUUAUUUUUCUUUAGUGAUAGUUCUGUUUUUGAGCGAAUUCCUGAUUGGAUCAAUUGCUUUCGUGUUCCGCGGUGGCAUUAUGCGGACAAUUUCGAAUGACUUGAAGUACGGCAUUGAAAAGCACUACAAUGUGUCGGACCGUGGCAGUUUAAUUGCGCCAUCAGUUGCUGUCAUUUACGAUCAAUUGCAAGUGCAGUUCAAGUGUUGCGGCGUGCACUCGUACGAGGACUGGUAUGACAUCAGUUCAUGGCCUGGCGAGAGAUGGGUACCAAAAUCGUGUUGCAAACCAAAAUUACUUGAGAACUUGGAUGGAUCGGGAGACGAUGCUGGUUACGUUGAUUGCACAAAAUCCAAAGAUCCAAGUCUCUGGUGGGAACAAAGUUGUUCAAAGGCCUUGACCAAAUUCUUCCUUCAACGAAUUCACAUUGUUGGCUCGGUCGCACUGGGAAUAGCAGGUUUACAGCUAUUUGGAUUAAUUGCGUCGAUGCUCCUCUUUUGCACGAUAAAGCACAUGAAAAAGUCCGAUUCGUACAAAUCGUAUUCCCCGCAGGUGGAUUCGAGCAUACAAAGGAACAGUCGCACCACCUCGUACAUGGACGAUUGAGUGCGCGCGACAAUUUUCAACCCCGAUGACGACGAUGAUUAGUUAAGAUAAGAAAAGAAUUUGUGCCAAAAAUUAUGUUUAACAUUCCGUAGUAUUUAUCGAGUUAUUAAAAAAAAAGACAAAAAAAUAUAUUAAUUAAUUAUAUUUAAAGACAAUAACUAAUAAAUUUUAAUGAAUUACCGAAUUAUCGUAUAAGUGAGAACAAGAAAACGAUGAGCCAGUAAACAAAAAUAAAUAAAUUUAGAUGUAAGCAAUUUUAGAUUUCCGUUUCACACGAAUUUAUCACAGUUCUCGGCCAUUCUAUGCUAAAUUUUGAACUAUACCAAUAAAUUAAACAUGAUA